AUGCAUCUAAGGUGGCUAAUAUUUUAUCUUGCCUCAGUCGGGUCGGCGUCUGCUGCUGGAAACUGCAGCUACAAGGCGCUUAUCGAACAUCUCGGCUUGGGCAAUAAUGAUGACAUUCAGAUGACGUCCCUGCGGCCCGUGUUUAAGUGGAAAACCCCUACCUUUGUUUAUACAGACCUGUUUGUGACCUCCAUCACAGAAGUGGAUGAAAAAGCCCAGAUCCUCUCAACACAAGUCACAAUUGUGCAUGGUUGGUUCAGUGAGUUCACAAAAUGGGACCCAGAUGACUUCUGUGGAAUCAAAUUUUGUCCAAUUAAAAAGGACAUGGUUUGGACUCGAAAAGUGGCGGAAACGGGCUUCCAUAUAGAAGUGUUUAAAGCAAUUGUUCAUCCAAAAAUGAAGCAUGGCGUUAGUUCAGGCAGGCCACGUCGGUCAAGCUCUCAUCCGCUGAAUGCACCAAUCCACAUCAAGACUGAGUUUGCAACAAAGGAAAAUCAGUAUGUCCAGUUGCUGAAUCAAGGCGCUAUUGUGACGUCUAACACUUUUGCUGUGACCACGGCCUGCAAGAUGAACCUGCACCAGUUUCCCUUCGACGUCCAAAGCUGCACUUUUAGCUUUCAGUCUCCAAUCCAUUCAAUCGAGGAGCUCAUAAUCAGCCCGUUCUCUGGCGCAUCAUUCCUGACCCUCAGCUCCAAGCAGGCCUUUCAGACUCAGGGAGAGUGGGAAUUCCUCAGUAUAAAUAUGUCUAAAGCCAAUGCCUCUACUCUAGGAGUACUACAGGAUCAGCUGAUAUAUAAGAUCACCAUGAAGAGGAGACCUUUACUGUAUGUCAUUAACUUUCUAAUGCCAGUAUUUUACUUCCUUAUUCUGGAUUUGGCCUCCUUCUUCAUCGAUUCAAGUGGAGGAGAGAAGUUGGGUUUUAAAAUAACUCUGCUUCUGGCUAUUUCUGUGUUACUGCUGCUUCUCCAAGACAUGCUGCCCUCUACUUCCAGUGAUAUUCCACUGAUUGGGGUUUAUUGUGUUGUCAUUUUCACUCUCAUUGGCAUCAGCGUUCUGGAGACCAUUCUUGUGAAUUUUCUGAUGGCUAAAGGAAAUCAGACAGCUGCAGUAAGACCAACGGAAAGCUCAUCUGCUCUUUCUGAUGCUGUGAAGGACACUAAGGGCCCUCCGGACUCAGUUACAGACAGGCAUGAAGAGCAGCUGUAUGUGCUUGACGUUCUGAAGCAGAUCCUCGUGGAGUUUCAGGCUGCUGCUACUCAUCAGAACCAACAAGAGAGGAAAUCCCUGAGCUGGACCAGAGUGGCCACAAUAAUAGAUGUGAUCUUCUACUUUCUGUAUGUAACCACAGUUAUUGUGUUUCUGAUAACACUGUUCAAGGCUUGGUUCCUGAGAGUUCCAGGGUCCCAAUCUGGAGCUGUGUCUCCAGCUCCUCCAGAACACUUCCCUGGUUCCCUAAAGUCCAGAUCAGGAUACAGCAUCCCUGUUUGA